ACUACAACUACUAUAUAAGGCUGUCUAGUUUUCAUCUUUCUUCCAUUCCAGUUCGUUCAUUCCGUUCUCUCUAUUCGUUCGUUUUGCUAUUUCAAGCCUCCGUUUCUUUUCCCCUCUCUGUUUCUCUUCUUGUUUUUUCAAGUUAAUCCAUGGCGGAACGUGCACUGGCUCGUGUUCAUAGCCUUCGGGAGCGUUUGGGCGAAACCCUGUCUGCUCAUCGCAACGAAUUGUUGCACCUCUUGUCAAGGAUCGAAUACCACGGCAAAGGAAUUUUGCAGCCUCAUCAUCUGUUGGAGGAGUUGGGAGCGAUUUCCGAAGGGGACAGACAAAAACUACUUGAUGGUGUGUUUGGAGAUGUCAUAAGAUCCACACAGGAAAUAAUAGUUUUACCUCCAUGGGUUGCUCUGGCUGUGCGCCCAAGGCCUGGUGUCUGGGAUUACAUCCGUGUGAACGUCAAUGCUCUUGCUGUGGAGGAGUUGACUGUGGCUGAAUAUUUGCAGUUCAAGGAAGAUCUUGUCAAUGGAAGCCCCAAGGACAAUUUUGUGCUCGAGUUGGAUUUGGAGCCCUUCAAUGCUUCCUUUCCCAAGCCCACUCUUUCCAAAUCCAUCGGAAAUGGUGUGGAGUUCCUCAACCGGCACCUUUCUGCUAAGCUGUUUCAUGACAAAGAUAGCUUGCACCCACUUCUUGAUUUCCUCCGAGUCCACCAUUACAGGGGGAAGACAAUGAUGCUGAACGACAGAAUCCAGAACCUCAAUACUCUCCAGUCUGUUUUGAGGAAGGCAGAAGAAUAUCUCUCCACAGUUCCUCCAGAUACGCCAUAUUCAGAGUUUGAUCACAGGUUCCAGGAGCUUGGUCUGGAGAAGGGGUGGGGUGACACUGCUGAGCGUGUAUUGGAGAUGAUAAAUCUUCUGUUGGACCUUCUUGAGGCACCUGAUCCAUGUACCCUUGAGAAAUUUCUUGGGAAAAUCCCUAUGGUCUUCAAUGUUGUAAUCCUUUCACCCCAUGGUUACUUUGCCCAGAACAACGUUCUGGGAUACCCUGACACUGGAGGCCAGGUCGUGUAUAUUUUGGAUCAAGUUCGUGCCUUGGAGAGUGAGAUGCUUCAACGCAUAAAGCAGCAAGGACUUGAUAUAGUCCCUCGAAUUCUCAUUGUGACUCGACUGCUGCCUGAUGCAGUAGGAACUACUUGUGGCCAACGCCUUGAGAAAGUCUUUGGAACAGAGCACUGUAGUAUUCUCCGAGUUCCCUUUAGGACUGAGAAAGGAAUUGUCCGUAAAUGGAUCUCACGUUUUGAAGUGUGGCCAUACUUGGAGACAUAUACCGAGGACGUUGCAAAUGAAAUUGCUGGCGAGUUACAGGCCAAGCCAGAUUUGAUCAUUGGAAACUACAGUGAUGGAAACCUCGUUGCAUCUUUGCUAGCACACAAGUUAGGAGUAACACAGUGCACCAUUGCACAUGCGCUUGAGAAAACAAAGUAUCCCGACUCAGAUAUAUAUUGGAAAAAUUUGGAUGACAAAUACCACUUCUCCUGCCAGUUCACAGCUGAUCUAUUCGCAAUGAACCAUACAGAUUUUAUUAUCACCAGCACAUUCCAGGAGAUUGCUGGAAGCAAGGACACUGUUGGGCAGUAUGAGAGUCACACUGCUUUUACCCUUCCUGGGCUUUACCGGGUUGUUCAUGGUAUUGAUGUCUUUGAUCCUAAAUUCAAUAUAGUCUCACCUGGAGCUGAUAUGAGCAUCUACUUCCCCUACACUGAAGAGGAAAAUCGAUUGACAUCUCUUCACCCAGAAAUUGAGGAGCUGCUUUACAGUAAAGUUGAAAAUGAAGAACACCUAUGUGUACUGAACGACCGAAGCAAGCCGAUCAUCUUCUCAAUGGCAAGGUUGGACCGCGUGAAGAACAUGACAGGAUUGGUUGAAUGGUAUGGUAAGAAUACUCGACUUAGGGAGUUGGUUAACCUUGUUGUGGUGGCUGGUGACCGGAGGAAGGAAUCAAAGGACAAUGAGGAGAAAGAAGAAAUGAAGAAGAUGUAUGGGCUUAUUGAGAAAUACAAAUUGAAUGGCCAAUUCCGAUGGAUUUCUUCCCAGAUGAACCGUGUGCGAAACGGGGAACUCUACCGCUACAUUGCAGACACAAAAGGUGCUUUUGUACAGCCUGCAUUCUAUGAGGCUUUUGGGUUGACAGUUGUUGAAGCCAUGACCUGUGGCUUACCCACAUUUGCAACCUGUCAUGGUGGUCCAGCUGAAAUCAUAGUUCAUGGGAAAUCUGGUUUCCACAUUGAUCCCUACCAAGGCGAUCGCGCAGCAGAACUGCUUGUACACUUCUUUGAGAAGUGUAAGGAAGACCCAAGCCAUUGGGAGAAGAUCUCUCAAGGCGGCCUGAAGCGUAUCCAUGAAAAGUAUACAUGGCAGAUCUAUUCUGAGAGGUUGAUGACUUUGUCCGGAGUAUAUGGCUUUUGGAAGUAUGUCUCCAAGCUUGAGCGCCGUGAGACCCGGAGAUAUCUUGAGAUGUUUUAUGCUCUCAAGUAUCGUAAGCUGGCACAGAUGGUUCCCCUGGCCGUUGAUGAGUAGACCACAAGAGUGGAAUCAGGUGGGAAGCAAGUGGGUUGUCGUUUUGGAUGGAGUACAAGCGGUUGUGUGAGAUUGCAGGGGAAAAAGUUUAAAGUAUUUUUCAAUUUUCUUUUUUUGCUUUUUUUUUUCUGCCAAAUGAAAUUUGUAUUUCAUAACAAAUUGUAGUAGUGCAUUUAUCUCCUUUUUCUUUCUUUCUUUUUCUUUUUUUUAAUUCUCAAUUUCUUCCCCUGCUGAGUGAACAAGUGUAGAAUGUUGGUGUAAUAAAAUCUCUAUUUCCAAAUUCCAAUUUUAACCGUCUUCAUCCUC